AUGAGAUACUACGCCUCCUUGCCAUUGAGCGUCAAAGUCAAGUUGCCUCAUGGCAUUGAGUAUGAUCAACCAACUGGUUUGUUCAUCAACAACGAAUUUGUUCCAUCUAUCAGCGGUAAGACCUUUUCCGUUAUCUCUCCAUCUACCGAAGAAGAAAUCACCCACGUCUACGAAGCCGUUUCCGAAGAUGUCGACGCUGCUGUCGAUGCGGCUGAGAAGGCCUUCAAGAACUCUGGCUGGGCCACCGCUGAUCCAUCUCAGAGAGUCAGCGGUUUGCUCAAGUUGGCUGACUUGGUCGAAGAGCACGCCGAAGUCUUGGCUUCCAUUGAAUCUUUAGACAAUGGUAAGUCUUUGAUGAAUGCCAGGGGUGACAUUGCCUUGUCUGCUGCCUACUAUAGAUCUUGUGCCGGUUGGUGUGACAAGAUUGAUGGUAGAAACAUAAAUACUGGAUCCACCCACCUUUCUUACACCAAGAGAGAACCAAUUGGUGUCUGUGGCCAAAUCAUUCCAUGGAAUUUCCCACAGUUGAUGCUUUCCUGGAAGCUUGGUCCAGCCUUGGCCACCGGUAACACCGUUGUCUUGAAGACCGCUGAAUCCACCCCAUUGUCUGCCUUGUACCUCGCCAAGUUGGUCAAGGAAGCUGGCAUCCCAGCUGGUGUUGUCAACAUCAUCUCCGGAUUUGGUAAGACCGCUGGUGAAGCCAUUGCCAUCCACCCAAGAAUCAGAAAGGUUGCGUUUACUGGUUCCACCGCCACUGGUCGCCACAUCAUGAAGCGUGCCGCUGAAUCUAACUUGAAGAAAGUCACGUUGGAGUUGGGUGGUAAGUCUCCAAAUAUCGUCUUCAACGACUGUAACGUCAAGAACGCCGUUCAGAACUUGAUCGUUUCCAUUUUCUACAACUCCGGUGAAGUCUGUUGCGCUGGUUCUCGUAUCUAUUGUCAAUCCGGUAUUUACGACGAAUUAUUGUCCGAAUUCAAGACUGCUAUCGAAGCCGUCAAGAUUGGUGACCCAUUCAACGAAGCCACCUUCCAGGGCUCUCAGACUUCCCAGCAGCAGUUGGACAAGAUUUUGGGUUAUAUUGAAAAGGGUAAGGCCGAGGGUGCCACUCUUGUCGCCGGUGGUGAGAGAUUUGGCACCAAGGGUUUCUUCAUCAAGCCAACUGUUUUCGGUAAUGUUACCGAAGACAUGGGCGUCGUCAAGGAGGAGAUCUUCGGCCCAGUGGUCACCAUCACCAAGUUUGAAACUGUUGACGAAGUCAUCGAAAAAGCCAACGAUUCUGAGUACGGUUUGGCUGCUGGUGUCCACACAGAGGACAUCAACAAGGCCGUUGACGUUUCCAACAGAUUGCACGCCGGUACUGUCUGGGUUAACACUUACAGCGAUUUCCACACCUCUGUUCCGUUCGGUGGGUUCAACCAGUCUGGGUUCGGUAGGGAAAUGGGUACUGAGGCUCUCGACAACUACACUCAGGUCAAGGCUGUUAGAAUUAAGAUUUCUCCAAAGUCUGCUUAG